CCUGAUUGGUCGCCAUUGCUACGUCCAUAUUCGUUCCUAUUCCUUUUCGGACAUUCAUUAUUUCUUUGUACAAUACUGACUUUUUAUUAUUUUUAAGUGAUUUUAGGGUACAUCGGACUUUGUGUAGUGAAACUCAUGUGAUAAAUAUUGAUAUUGUCGUGAGUAAAGACUUUAAUAAGUGUUCAAUACGUUUAAAUCGCGGCCAAUGUCAGCAGGCGUGUCAGAUCAGCGGAUGAAAGGGCAAGGGAACCAAGUGACAAAUGUACCUAAAGAGCAACAGUUAGAGAGUGGUGGCGACGAGUUGGCGGAGGUGUCAUGGCGUCACCAGCAGCAACCAUCUUAUGCACCACCCAUCUCGUCAGCAGCCGACCCCUACAGCGCGGCAGGUUAUUAUGGUACAACAGCACUUCCUUAUCAGGCCUUUGGAGUCGGAGAUGGAACAUGGUCUACCAAUGGAACAGAUCCAAUGACUUUCCUUGGAGGAUACAAUCCUCAUGAUUCUUAUGGCAUGGAUGGUAGUGUCUUUGGACCAUCAACAACGCCAUUUUCGACAGCUGCCUUUGGACCAGCUUCAACAUUUAAUUAUUUCCCUGGAAAUGGUGAUUACUCUACUUGGGGUCAAUUAGGUCGUGCUAAGCAGUAUGAUGACUAUUAUAGAAAUGAUGGAUUGUACGUCCCAGAUGGAAUUAAGGCCGUUGAAACCGGUGUACAGGCACUCGCGCUCGGCGAGCACAACAAGAACGAUAAAGACCGUACUCCAGAACUUAAAGACGUUUCAAGUGGAUCGCAACCCAAAAAGAUGACAUGGGCUUCAAUAGCGAGUCAACCGGCGAAACCCGCUCCGUCCUCACAGAGCGGCGGAUUGAAGAAGAAGGGGCCUGGAAUGCCACCCCCGCCAAUCGUGCCAGGGAAACAUAACAUGGAUAUUAGUACAUGGGAUGCUGGUAAGAGCGCUCCGGUAGUGACUGCACCACCUCCGCCACCACUACAACCACCGCCCGUGCCAGCUCCGCUGCCGAUGCCACAGCCUUCACCAACGCCCGCCGCUGCACCUAUGCAGCGUGGGCCGCCGCCACAGCAUCAGCCGCCCCAAGCGUGGGCUCAUGCGCCUCGUGCUCCACCGCCGCAUCAGCCUCGCCCUUCUCACCCGGUGCCACCUCUACCCGCUCAGACUGUUGUCAGUGCUCCAGCUCCCGCAACGGCUCACCCUGUCCUAGAAGAAUUGCGAGUCAAAAAUGAGUAUAAUCCUAAGGAAUUUGACCUUAGCGCGCCUCUUACUCGCUUCUUUGUCAUUAAGUCUUAUUCAGAAGACGAUAUACAUAGAAGUAUUAAAUAUGAAAUUUGGUGCAGCACAGAACAUGGUAAUAAACGGCUAGAUGCUGCAUUUCGCGAUCGCGAACGAGAGGGAGGGGCAGUGUUUCUGUUCUUUUCUGUAAAUGGCAGUGGCCAUUUCUGCGGAAUGGCGCGUAUGAUUAGUGCCGUCGAUUAUAAUUCCAACUCAAACGUGUGGUCGCAAGACAAGUGGAAGGGACAAUUUCGUGUUAGGUGGAUUUAUGUUAAGGACGUUCCCAAUGUUCAGCUCCGUCAUAUCAAAUUAGAGAACAAUGAGAAUAAACCAGUGACAAAUUCUCGCGAUACACAAGAAGUCCCGCAUGCCAAGGGUCUUCAGGUAUUACGUAUUAUGCAUAGUUACUGCCAUUCCACCUCUAUAUUCGAUGAUUUUAUUCACUACGAGCGUCGUCAAGAAGAGGAAGACUCGCGCAAAGUACCUCACCACCCACAGGACAAUAAUCGCGAAGAUCACGAGGGUGGACGUGGUUAUCGUAAUUAUCGAGAAUAUAGAGACCAUCGAGAUGGACGAGAUGGCCGUGAACAUCGCGAUGGACGGGAGCCCAGGGAUCACCGAGACGUUCGUGAGCCACGUGACAUGCGAGAUGCUCGCGACCCCCGCGAUCACAGGGAUGACCGUGACGGACGGGACAAUCGCGAUCAUGGCUACCGCGACCGGGAUUCAGGUUAUAAUAGAUCACAUCAUAAGGACCGUGAUGGUUCCCGUGGACGUGGAAGAGCUCGGAAUUAAUCGUGUAUAAUGUGUGAGAACUAUUUGAGGACUGGCUUCUCUCCAUAGACACCUAGUACUCAAGUAAAUAAUUGGUACCGCAUUACAAGAGUUGUAUGCCUAAUGGACAUGCAGAUAAUAGCAAUGAGGAACCUACAUUUAAUGUGACUUACAGAGGUUGCAUUAAAACUUGAACUAUUGUUACAUAAAAUAGAUUAUUAAUUGUUUUGAACAGUGCUUUGCUAAGAGAAAAAAACACUCAACAAAUUAAAAUGUGCUAAAUAAUGUUUUAUACUGGAAGAACAUUUAAUUAAAUAAUGACUAGUGAACAGAACAUUAAUUAAUUAUCAUAAAUUGUCAUGUGUUGGUUUCAUAUCACAUGAUGUUGUGUGGAAUUGUGGACUUUAUUUCAAAUUUGUGGACUAAAUUAAUGAAAUAUAGUAAUUUUAUAACUAGAAAAAAUCUGUGGUGAGAGGAGUUGAUCCUUUUGAUUAAAGACUGGUGAAGUUUUGGGGGUAUAACAUAAUAGCAACAUUGUGCACUGAUAGUGUAGUGUUCUAAUUAUUCCCCCGAAGAUCAGUGUGAAAAUAAUACCAGCAAAUAGUAUGUACUAAUUGGUGAAAAACUUGUAUAACUUUUAUGAUACAAGAAAACAUAAUGUAAUCACAUGGGAUGUACAAUGGACAUUUUAUAUACAGUUUUAUAAUCAUACAGGAAUUCUCUCGUAACAUUUUUUAUUUCAUACAUUAAGUGAUAUGCCACUUUGUUUUAGCAUUAUUUUCAUUAAUACAUUUUUAUAAUAUUGUACUGCAAUACCUAUGGUACUUGCUAAAUCACUGUAAACUUUUUAUUACUUUGAUUUAGACUAGAAAUGGAUUGAUGGUUUAUUUUAAACAUUUGUAAAUAAUAUGUAUUUUAAUAAAGAAGAAAUUAAAUAUUUUCUACUAUUAAGUGCAACAACAGUGUGACGAGAGAAAAUUGACAAUGGAAGUUUAUGAUUUUAUCCUGUAUCUUUGUUGUUAAUGUAGUGUCGGUUUGGUGGUGGAAGCACAAUGCUUCAAGAUUCAAUUACCCCACCUUGAUUUUACAUGUGCCUUUUUAUUUCAAAUUAACUGUGAUUAGAAUCAAACUAUUCACAUUUUAUCAUACCUUUCUAUCAAUAUUUAGUUGUACUAUUUUUUUUUUUUGUUUCAAACAUUUGUUACAACAAAUAAGAUGUAUAAUUUUUAUUUUUAUAAUAGUGUAUAACUCCAAAAAACCAAUCAUAUGAAAAAUAUCAUUGCAUGUUAAUUUUCUAGUAAAUUCGCAAUGUUUGUUUAUUAUAACAAUUAUGUGAACUUGUAUAAAGUUCGAUUGAUACUGGAUUAAACUGUCAUAGACGUU